AUGACUCAUGAAAAUAAUAAAAUUAAUUCAGAAGAAUUUAUCCAAUCUUCUGAUAGUGAAAAUAAAAUUAUUCGAAGAAAAGCAUUUUUAAAGAAAAGACAAUAUAAUUUUGGAAAAAAUAAUAAUAAAUUUAAAAAAAAUAAAAGAGUAUAUAGAAAACGUUCUAAAAUAAUUAAAAGUAAAACAAUAAAUUCAAAUAAAUAUUAUUCUAAAAGAAAAUCUAAUUUUGAAAACAAAUUAUUUACAAAAAAUCAUUUAUAUUUUAAAUAUUCUAAUGAUAAAAAUAUUAUUAAUGAUACAAUAUAUCAAAUUCCAUAUUUAUCAUUAACAACAGAUACAUAUAGAAAAAAAUUAACAACAAUUAAUUCAAUUCAAUUACCAUUAAAUUAUUUUAAAUCACAAUCAUUAUACAAUAUUCCACCAUUAUCAAAUUCACCAUUAAAUAUAAGAAACUUCCAAAAAGAAAUAAAUAAUAUUGAUAAUAUUUCUGUUAAUCAAAUAAUAUAUGAGCCACUUUAUCCAGCUUCCAGUUUUAAAGGAAGUUUACUAUCUACUCAACAAAAUAGUGAAGCAUCAAUUCUAGCUCCAGAGAUAGAUUUAAUUUUACCUUCUAAACCUUGGAGUAGUAGUAGUUGUAAUAGUUGUGAUACAAACAAUCUAUCAUCUAAUACUUAUUCAUUUAUUGAAAAAGAAAAAAAUUAUCUUAAUAAUUAUCUUGAAGAAAAUAAAUCUAAAUCAUUACAUCAACCAAGAACUGUUAAAGGUGUAAAAAAAUUAAAUUUUUUUCAUAAACAAAAUAAUAUUCAAAGAACAAAAAGUGUUGAUUCAACAAUAUCAUCAUCAGAUAAAUCUUAUCUUGGUAGAAAUUCAUUAAAAAGUUUAAAAAGUUUAUCUGAAACUUUUUUAGAAACUGAUAAAAUGGUUAUUAAUCGUGAAAGUACAAAAAGUGAAAAUAUAACAUCAACAAUUAAUUUAAAUGAUAAUAUUAAAAAGAAAAAACAAUCUAAAUUUUUAUCAUUUUUUAAUAGAAAAAAAUCAUCAAAAAAAAUUUUAGAAGAAGAUGAAAAAAAAAUAACAAUAAAUAAUAAACCUGAAAAUAAUUAUUUUGUAGAAAGUAAUGAUAAGAAUGACAAAGAAAAUGAUAAAAAAUCUUCUGAUUAUAGAAAAGAAAUUUUUUCAUUUAAAAAUACUUUUAAAGAAAGUAUUUCAUCAUUUAAAUUUAAUUCAAAAAAAAAAUUUCGCGCUCCAAAUCCUCCGGACUGUAAAGAUAUUGAAAUAAAAAAAGAUAAUUUAUCUAUUUCAAUGCCAAAUGUUAAUGAAAUUGAACAUUUAAAUAAUUCACCAAUAAUGAUAUCAAAAUUCAAGAGUGUUUUUGAAGAAACAAAAAAUAAAUAUCAAUCAACACCAGAUUUAAGAGAGGAACAAAAAGAAUUGGUUGUUUGUACAUUAACAAAUAAAGAUUACAAAAUGACUGAAGAGGACAUGAUAAUUAAAUUGAAUUUAGAAACAGUUGAUAACUUUUUAAAAGACCCAGCAAAAGUUAAAAAGAAGAAAAAAGAUAAGCAUAAUAAGUAUGAUUAUCGUUACAAACAACGACAAGUUGAUCCAUAUAACAUAAAAGAUAAAACAACUGAUGAAAUGAUUAGAGGAAGAAUAAUAAAUACUGUAAGAAGUAAUAAUUACACAAUAGAUAACAAUGUACAACCAUUAAAUUCACAAAUACUUUUAAAGGAAUCUCCUCUACCAGUUAGUGAUAGUAGUGAAGAACUAGUAAGAGAAUAUAAUAAGUUAAAAAUUUUGUAUGAAAAAUUAAAAAAGUCUGUUGAUAGUACGCAAGAAUUAACAAGUCAAAGAAGUUUUAAUUUGCAGGCUUCAAUAAUUGAACAACAUAAUGUAGUUAAAAAGUUAUGUGAACAGGUGAAAUUAGAGAAAGAAUUGAAAGAAAAAGUCACUGAAGGUGAAAUGUCACCAAUGAUGAAUCCUAAAACUAAUUAUCAACUUGAUAAAGAUGGUAGACUAAUAAAUAAUAAUAUAACAUAUCAUACACCAUCAUCUCAAUCACCAGAAUAUAGAAAUAAUUCUACUACAAUACGUAUAGAUACUUUUCAUAUGGAUACAUAUUCUUCAAAUACAACUCUUCAUCAUUCAAAUGGUAAGAUUAUAGGAACAAAUAAUUUUUCUGAUGAAAGAUUAUAUGAAAAUAAUGAAAAACCAAAAAGUACUAAUUAUAUCAAUAAUAGAUAUAUUGAUAAUACAAAUCAUUCAAAAUAUUAUUAUAAUGAUAAAUCUUUUUCCAAAAAAGAUGAUUCAGAUAAAAUUACAAAAUUAUGGUUUAAUGAUGAGAGUAAUAAAUAUCAACAAAAUAAUAAUAAAUUAUCUAUACCAACAAAAAAUAAUCAUUAUGAAAAAAUUAAACCAAAUUAUAAUAAUAGAUUAGAAGAAGAAAUGAGAACGCAAAUGGAGCGAGAAAUGAAACAUAAAGAAGAAAGAAAAUUAGUUGAAGAAGAAGUUAUGUCAGGGUAUAAUAAAAUAUCAAAACCUAAUUCAACAAUUAUUAAUUUAUCUUUUGAUAAUGAAAAUGGAAAAUUUAAUACUUCUAAAAAUAAUAUUUAUAAUAAUUUUAAUAAUAUUACAUCUUCUUCAAAAUCUACUAUACCAUCAAAUUCAACUAUAUCAUAUAAUAAAAAUUUUCCUGCACCAAAAAAAGAAUUAAUUCUUUUGAAAAGUCCUACAAAAAACCAACAAAAUUUUUCAACUACAAUAAAUAAUAAUAUAAAAAAUGAUAAUAAAAAUUUCUUCCAAUUAGAUAAUAAAGAAUCAGUAAUAAAUCAAAUGAAAAAUACAUUACGUAAAGUAUCACCACCAAUUGAAAAAACUGGAAUGAUAUUGGGACGUGUUAUUGAUGAUGAUAUACCAAGACAAAAAAUUUCACCAUCAUCAAAAAAUUCAGAAAGUGGCAUAUCUAGUGACAGUUCACCAUCAACAUCACCACUUCCUCCUCCACCAUUAUUUAAUAAUAAUGGUACAUAUACAAAUAAAACAUUUAAACAUUUUCUAACAUCUAAUGAUAAUUAUACAAAAUUAUCAAAUAAUGAAAUUAUAGAAAAACCUAGAAAUCCUCCACCACCACCACCUUCAACUGGUUUAAAUAUAAAAAAUAAUAUCAACAAAUUAAACAAUAACUCUAAAAAUCAGAAUUCUAAAAAUGAUCAAACAAAUAGAAAUGAUCUAUUAGCAGAAAUAAGAAAUUUUGGUGGUGCAUCUAGAUUAAAAAAACAACAAUCUUAA